AUGACACCGUCACCCUCUCCGUCGUGCGACAAGGUAUGCCCCUCCACGCCGUUGCUGCCGCCUUCGCGCCCAACGCAGUGCACUCACGCAACUGCCUGGCACUGCGUGAUAGAUCCACUCGACGAUGCCCCAACACAAACCUACGAGAGCAAGCUGAGCAAAGCGGCGGCCAAACGGUUAUGGAAGGAGGUCAAGCGGGUGGCCGUGUGGACCCUGCCCCGCACGGACUACGCCCAAAACCUCUCCGACGACUGCUACCACUUGGGCAUCUCGGUGGAGGUGGAGCACAAGGACUUCGGCACGUUCAAGCACCAGGUCCCUACUGGACCCAUCGUGCUUGUUUCCAGCGUCAACCCCAACUGGACUGAACUGGCACGAUUUCUGACAUUCGUGCGAAGCGUUACGGAGGCCAUCGAAAAGGCCUCAGGCGUGCCCGUACCCGAUUAUGUGAAGUUGCGUUGGGAGAGCCGAAGCAAAGAGAGCCUUUGGAUCUAA